AUGGCUUAUCUUAUCUCACUCCUUUCAUCUCGGGCUAAAAAGGCGUCCCUAGAGAACGUCGGCACUAUCAAUAUCUCUACUACCGCUAUCCGCCGUAUAGAUAACUCUGCUCCCGCUAUUAUAGGCUUAACCAUACCGAAGAUCCUGAUCUACUUCUCCCGCCAAAUCUCAAAGACUCACAGUCUCGAAGCCUACCUCACCGCCACUCCUUAUAUCCGCCCCGCCGUCCCGCCUAAGCUUACGAGCUCGCGGCCUAGUCCCGCUAGUCUAACCUCCACUCUUACCCCUAGCUAUAAUACCGUCCCUUCGGAGCCUAAGUACCGAGACCUACUCCUCAAGCCUACCACCGCUCGGUUAAACCGCGCGCCUCUUACGCUUACUAACGUCCACGAGCUCUACCGCUACCUCUAUAGCCCCGAGUUCUUCAACAAUUCGGUCCUUCGCGCUACUCCCGAUAAGGUCCCUCCUAGCCUACAGCCCAAUCCCUAUCUACAGACCGCGAUCUCGUCGAGCUCGGCGUUAGUCGCUCUCUCUAUCCCCGAUAUAUCUCUCGGCCCCUCUACUAGCUAUACCGAUAAGACUACCGACAAUAAGCCAAUUCUACUAGCUAACCUAGCCGCGCUCACUUACGCCCGGGAUAUAUCCCUCGAUCGUCUUACGUAUCCCUUUAAUCUCGCAACCCGCCAUACACAAAUUCCAGUCAACAGCGAUAGGCAGCCGCUCCUAAAGAUCGAGCGCUACUUUAGGGACGCCCUAACAGUCCGGCUCUUCUACAGUACUAAAACCCGUACUAGCGAUUCCGAGCGUAAGCUAAUACUACUCGAGUCACUCGACAAGGUCCAAGCCUUCCUCGGCCGCUACCCCCCCUAUCAAACCUCCUCGGCGCGUACCGCCACGCGUACUACCACCGAGAUCGACAAGAAUAGCGCGUCGACGCACCGCGCCCAGAAGGCCACGCGGAAGGAGACCGACCCUAUAGCCCUUAAUCUUACUACCGCCGAAGCCGACGUAGAUAAGGAUAUACCCGACCCCGACGACGUCGUAACCCCGUCGGUCUCGGACGAGCCAGAUUCCCCUAGUAGCGUAUAUACCCCGCCUACCGACAGCGUCAGCACCCCUUAUCCCCCGGGCGUCGACGCCGCCGUCACUAAACUAAGCGAGCUCUAG